AUGGGUCAUCGUCGAUUCUUGGAUAGAGAUCAUAGGUAUAGACAUGAUAAAAGGAACUUUAAUGGAAAGCUGGAGUUGAGAGAGGUGCCGAAACAACUAUCUGGAAAUGAAGUGUUAGCUGAAGUGAGCAAAAUUAACAUAAUAUUUGGAAAGAAGUUUGAUACCAAAGUUGGAAAGAAGAGAAAUCGAGACAAUAAUAAGGAAAAGGGAAAGGCAUCUUGUUGGAAGAAGAGAAGUAUUUUCUUCGAUUUACCAUACUGGGCAGGUAAUAUGUUGCGUCACAGCCUUGAUGUGAUGCACAUCGAGAAGAAUGUAUACAACAAUGUUCUUGGGACGUUGUUGAACAUCGACGGGAAGACAAAGGACAAUGUGAAGUCUCAUCUGGACCUCCAAGAAAUAAAGAUAAGACGAACACUUCACCCAAAGCAGAGACCAUCAGACAAAACAUAUUUGCCCCCUGCAUGCUUUACAAUGGCGAAUAAGGAGAAGAAUGAUUUCUGCAGAGUCAUAAAGAACAUGAAGGUACCAGAUGGCUAUGCAAGUAAUAUCUCACGAUGUACCAAUCUUAAAAUGAAGAAGAUUUUAGGACUCAAGAGCCAUGACACUCAUGUUUUGAUGCAACAAAUACUUUCGAUCGUCGUGCGAAGGACAUUACCUCCAAACGUGAGCUCAAUCUUAAUUGAAUUAAGCGAAUUCUUUAGAGAUUUGUGUUCCAAGGUUGGCCGGAUGCAGGAUUUCAAGUUUCUUGAAUCUCAGAUUGCUUUAACACUUUGCCAUUUAGAGAGGAUCUUUCCACCGUCAUUCUUUGAUAUCAUGGUUCAUUUGCCUAUACAUUUAGCCAGCGAGGCAAUGUUAGCCGGGCCAGUACAGUACCGCUGGAUGUACCCAAUCGAAAGGUACCUACAGAGACUAAAGUCCUACGUUCUAAACAGAAGUCGGCCAGAGGGUUCGAUUGCAGAGGGGUACCUAGCUAAAGAAUGCCUAACAUUCUGCUCUCGUGAACACAGGAAAGUGAUUAAGAAGGAGAUGCCCCGAAGAGCACCGAGGCUCCUAGAACGCAUCCACAAUGAAAAGUUUCCAAAUUGGCUUGGGAAGCAUGUCGACCAUGUUGGGAAUGAUCAAGUUCUGAAAGAAGUUAGAAGCCUGGCUCGGGGCCCUAACACUGUUGCAAGAAGAUUUAAAGGAUACAUCAUUAAUGGUUUCAGGUUUCGUACAAGAGACCGUGAGAGAGACUUGAAAAUACAGAAUAAUGGAGUUGUAGUGACGGCAAAGACAUCAAGCUUCGCAAGUACAAGUGAUAGAAACCCUGUUAUAGGGGAUGUGGAUUACUAUGGUGUUUUAACAGACAUUAUCGAGUUGGAUUAUUGUGGGUCCAAGAAAGUUGUAUUAUUUAGGUGUGAUUGGGUGGAUGUAAGAACUCAGGGCAGGGGAAUCAAGAAGGAUGAAUUUGGGUUCACGCUCGUGAAUUUCAAACAAUUAUGGCAUACUGAUCGGAACCUGUAUGAUGAACCAUAUGUCUUAGCAACCCAAGUACAACAUGUAUUCUAUGUCCCUGAUCCUAUUGAUCGUGAUUGGCAUGUUGUUAUCAGGUCAAAGCCAAGGGAUUUGUUCGAAAUGGGCAUGAAUGAUUCGUUUGUUGAUAAUGAUACAUACCUUCAGAGCUUGCCUUGCAUUAAUCAUACAUUGGAAGCGACUAUGCUUGCCAAUGAUGAUAAUGUGAGUUGGGAUAGGACGGAUGUGGAGGGAAACGAAGUUAACACUCCACAAAACUUAUCUAAUUUGAUUAAAGAGGACCACGAUUCUAGGUCGGAAUCUGAUGACUAG